AUGCCGUAUCAGGGUCAAAUCGAGCUGGUUCCUCUGGGGCCAUACAAAUACCACCUCAGGAUCUUCUGCAAGAAGACCGGCGUCUUCACCAAGGUGCGGGAAGCGCUCUACAGCUACAACGCGCAGGUCACCAGCCUGAACACGAUAACGUUCUAUGGCUACGCCGAAUCAGCGUGCUAG